AUGCAACCAGGAUGGGUAAAAGCUUUCAGUGAUGAAGAGCAACAGGUUUCAGAUGAGUAUAAAAAAAAUAGGCAAGAAAAUAACACAAAUACACUGAAGGAAAAGCUUCACAUAACACUAAUGCAAAGAGAUGAAGUAUAUGAAGAGCUUUCUGACUUGCAGGUUAAACAUGAAAAGCUUGUUACUUUCAUUGAAGAAAAAAGCCUAAAAAUUCAUGCAGUUGAUCUGAAGAAUUUUCCAAAUGAUAAGGAUCUUGUUGAUUCAUGUGUAGACACCUUGCAAGAAAUCAUUUCAUUUACAAAAGCAUUAAAACUUGAGGAUGAACGUGAACCUGGGGAAGAGGAUGAGGAAGGUGACAAAGGUGAGAAAGGUGGAAAAGGUGGUGAUGUGGAUGAUAGUGAUGAUGAUGAUGAGGAGGAGGGUGGAAAAGGUGGUGAUGUGCAAGAUGAAGACGAUGACAAAGAGGGUAGCAAAGGUGGUGAUGAGAAGGAUGGAACUGAAUCCGAAAAGAAUGAAGUUCCGUCUGAAACUCUUGAAAAUCCGAGCACUCCUCUGCCAAAGAAAAAUGAAGAAGAGGAUGGCAAGGAUGGAACAAGCCGAAGAGUUGAGUCUGAAACUGCUAACAAGCCGAGGUUUUCAUUGCUAGAGCAUAUUUCCCUGUUUUCUCGAGAGAAUGUUUAUACUGCAGUUAUUGAGGAUUAA